GCUUAUGUCACGUGCUCUUGCACCUGUAUAUUCAACACCCAACUUAAUUGUAGAAAGUUAGGGGGGGGGGCCACUAAAAUAUUAGUUUGUGAUCAUCAUUACUAAAACAAUAUUCCACAUACAUAACAAAUGCGAGAAUAAUAAACAGCAAGCACGUCGUGCACCUUCAUGUAUGUGUGGGUGUGAACGGGUGGUCCUCCUGUACCAGGAGACAAUAAACAGAUGCAUAUCGUACACCUGAAGGUUUCGUGCUCAUAAAUCCGUUUACCGAUCGCCGAGCACGGUUAUCAUCAUCACCAGUGCGCACCGUGGUGGGAAGCUGCUACAUCCCAAGGUCCAGUCCACCUGAGGAGAAGCGGUCUGUCUGUGCAGGCGGCACCCUCGGCACGUGCACCACGUGUGUAGCCGCACCGCGCGUGCGCAUCUUGGCUCCCCGGCCUCCUGCCUCCCCCUCCCGCUCUGUCGGCGGCGUGCGCUUUGAAGCUGGACAGAUAAACCGCGGCGGGGCUGGUAAGUCUUUACCAGCGGGCAGGGCAGGCAGGGCAGGCACGGUGGGACCCACCAGUCGCGCGAGUCGCCUGCUCGCCGCCACCAACCCAUGGAUCUACGGGUGUACACACGUGACGAGGUGCCCGACGUGUGAUUUGUCUCCCUUUUGUCUGGUGGCGUCAUGGCAGACAGAAGUAAACCAGGCCGUUGAUGAGGACGGGGUAGAUCGGAAGGGGAGGAGGAUUGUGCAGGUACUCCCCACCCCACCCCACCACCAAGACGGGUGACAUGACGAUGUAAACAAACAAGGUCUGGGUGGUGGAGAUACGGACGAUGCGUGUCGUGUCCACGGGUGAGUGGCUUCAGUUGCACCUCUUGUCUUCUCCAGGACUCGGCCGUUACGGCGCUUGGAUUCGAGACCAGUGGUGUGUGCUGGAUGUGAGUGACUGAUUGUGACAGAACUCAAGGACUCAUGGAUUAUCGUCUGCUCAUCUUCUGGGCACGUGUGGACUGUGGAAGAACGGGAAAGCGCCACCUGCAGUAAUGACAAACCGAGAGGCGACAAACUGACAUCAGAAGCAGAACAUCAGACCUCAUGUCGACCGACCAACAAGACAGAAGAAGGACCUCGUCAUCCUUCCUCCAAUCGUGGCAGUAGCGUCACUGCAUGACCUGUGGUCGAGAAGAUGACCCCAGCCACCUGUGGUCGCGCUGAUGGAACGUCAGAUCAUCGGAUGAAGCAGGCUGACGUGACAUACUCGGGGUGUGCGGUACUACUGUCUGAGAUCAGAUCACGUGUGUUCUCGUGUUCAAACUCUACCUCUCGCGUGUGUGGACUCCUCAAAGGGAACUGGAUAUAAGCUCCUGGCGAUCCACUCCCUAGCAAUGGUCUCCAUGUUCGCAGGUCAUGCUGACGUGAUCAUAUGAUCGUUGUGUUGCUGAUGUUAUCACAUGAAUACUUCGAUACCUUAAUCCCCAACAUGCCUCAGACCAUAAUCCUGUGAAUUUAAAGUUUCAUAAGAGUUAAGAAGCAGUGCUUCCGGGGGAUCAUCUUUGUUUCAGGCGACGAGUCAUUCGUUGUUCUCACUUUCUUCUGCUCUUUUGUGGGAACUGUCACCAACAGCCAUCGCCUCACGGCCAGGAGUUAUCGCUCGUUUUCACAGGUGGACAUCUCCUUACACCUGGCUGUUUGACGCCUUUGUCUAGUGGCACCGGCAUCACGUGACAUCUACGCAUUGAGAGGAGCAGCUGUCACGUCAGGUCUUCGAGCUCUCAAAAAGCAGCUGUGACGUCAGGUCUACGAGCUCUCAAAAGCAGCUGUGACGUCAGAUCGACGAGCCACCAGGAGCAGCUGUCACGUCAGGUCUUGUACCAGCUGCAGGCACGUGACCCUGAGGGAGUUCAGCGUCCGCCAUGUUUAUUCCGCACGCGCGGGUUCACAUCGCCGGCAUCCCCUACUGGAAGGGGUCGAAGGGCAAGGUAGGCCAGGCCAGAAGGAGGCUGGGAAUGCGGGAAAUAAUGCGCAUGCCGUGUUUGAUCCCGACUGCUGGAAUCGUGAUCAUCGGCUUGAUCAUCCUGGCAGGUGGCGCUGGCAUGAGUGUGCUUGGCUACAUCCCGGACACAGUGACGUCCGUCAGCGACGACGGCAACACAACGACGAUGACGACAGUCCCACGUGACGCGCGAUACUACGCCACCAAGAGCCUGAGCUACGCCGGCCCCGUCCUCAUGGGCUUCGGCUUCUUCGCCAUCAUCAUCAGCUGCGUCCUCUACUGCGAGAUCGUCGACCGCUACACAGUCAUCAUGCCCAAGAAACCCGAGACGAGGAUCAAGCGGCGGGACAUCAUGAACAUGAUCGUCAGCGAGUUCAAGAAGUCCUACUUCAGAGGUAUAGAGGUGCCCCUUCGCAAACAAGAACCUGUCACCCAGCAGAAGGGCGAGCGCGAGAAGGAGACCCUCCUGAAGGCCCUCAGCAUCAGCACCCCUGUCCUCCUCAUGUCCCCGGAUCUGGCGCCCACCUGGCGCUUCUCGCACUACGCUUACCGGUACCCGGGCCGGCGACACAUGGCUCUCAAGCCUCGCCACCCGAAGCUGAAGCAGCUGGGUGGCAGCAGCGGCAGCAGCGGGCAUGAACCUUGGCUGAAGACCUCCUCGCUGCCCAACAUCUGCGAUCCGGACAUCCGGCGUCACGACCUGCCCCGCCCCGUGCCCCUGGACCAGCACGAGGUCACGCGCGUCAGGAGGAUGAAACGCUUUGGCCGGCCGUGCCGCAGCAUGGACAACCGCAUCUCCUGGUCCCUCCCACACACUCUGUCACGCAGCACCACCGGGGUGGACAACCCGGCCUACCUACAUGAACAGGACCGGAAGAAGAGCCUGUCCAUGUGCGUGCACCCGGAAAUUGGUGUUUCUGGGACGACCCGCCGACCUCACGCUAGGUUUGUCAAGGCAAGCCAGAUGCAGCCCCGAACGCGACUGUUGCAGCAGCAACAACAACAGAUGCAGAAACAACAAAAUCAACAACAGCAGCAACAGCAAUUGCAACAACAACAGCAACAGCAGAAACAGCAACAAAACCAAAACAAACAGAAAAAUCUUCAGCAGCAACGCAGCCAGGACAGCACGGAGUCCAUAGAGAAGCGUCGCUCCGAGUCGGAUCAGUCGAAGCCCAGGCAGAGACCGAAGCUGACGAGGACGAAGGCUACUCACGCCAGUUUUGAUGUUUCUGACACCUCCUUCGCGUCGCUACUUCCGGCAGAACCUCCACCUUUCCCUCCGCCCUACAAGAUUAAGAAGCAGGAAGUGCCAGCGGGGCCGAGUCCCAGAACGUCCAAGCUGCUCCGGGCCAGGGCCAAGUCCGAGGAAGGGAAGGAGAAGAAAAAGCCAGAGAUGAUUCUGCUGAAGGAUCUCUUCCGGUCCUUUGAUGUGCACGACGAUGCCUUUUUGUCUGUGUCACCGGUAGCUACCGCGUCUUCUGCACCUGGUAGCACUUCCGCUAUGGUUUAUCUCGACCCGCUGGCAGGACAGAGGUGCGAGGUCCUGCGACCGGCAUCGACCCAGCAAUCUCAGAAGGACAGGUGCCACAUUCACGUCAUCAAUCGGGAUGGCGGGUACACGGCGGUGGAUUCUACUGGGCUUACCACUUCCGGACCGUUCAAGACGAUCGUUGCCGUGAAUUCGGAAGCUUCUUCCGCCAAAGCUGCGGAGGCAGACGAGCAGUGCUACCAACUGCCUCUCCUCAGCGGCGUGCUGCGCGCGCACAGUCAGUGUGAUGUUAAACAAAGAACCAAUGUCAUUCGUUACUCGCGAGAGACGGAGAAAUCGCUGAGCCUCGAUACCAAAGACCGGGUGCCAGGGGUGGAUGCCAGACCAGCAGAAAUUCAACGGGCCCACAGUUUCAAUGUCACGGACUAUGAUGCAGAUGCCAAGGCAGCUCACAGCAGCGCCGCCAAGAAGCUGCAUUCAGAAAAAGUGAGUUCUAACAGACUUCGUGUCUUUGGUGCUCCUUCCAACAGAUCGAGACCGAAGUCUUGGGACGGGGAUAAGUCCCACAGUUUGGACACACCAGACCUCGAUAAGGGAACAGUCUGCAGCCUAACAGUUCCUCGUCUGGACAGGGCAAAUAGUUUUGAACCGAUCGGAAACGUUGGAUUGAAGGUGAAACAGUGUAACCUGUCAUCGCAAGGCUCGCCUUCUGACGAGCCAGUUCAUUCCUGUAGUUUUCGUAUCGAUGAUGAAACCAAAACGGGUAAACAUGGAUCCGAUGAGAUCCGACAAAAGACUCCGAUCCCUACGGUGACCCUUACCGUGCCGCUGCCUGCAGUCUUGAUCCAGCCGCCUGUGGAGAACAAUAAAAGUGAAAAGUUGCAAUCGAGACGACAGCAUCGCCUGAAGAAGCAGCAGACGGUUGUGCAGAAUCCGUUAUACCAGCAGCCCAGAGAGACCAAAGAGAAGCCGGGGUCUACGAUGCUGGACCGUGGGCAGAAGAAUCAGCCUUCGUCUUCUUGUCACGUGGAGAUGGGUCACAAGCAGAGCGCGUGCCAGAUGCAGGGAACGGUGCAGCAAGGGCACGUGACGCUGAGGCAAAGCCUACCCUCGGCUGCUCAACCACCACACGAUCUGAACGGUGGGCCCAAGCAGGGUUCAGUCAUCGUCCACCGCGCUGCAGUCCACCUCCCAGCCGACUGCGUCAUCGACAAGCGCGCGCCCAGCACGAGCCCCGCCCUCCUUCCUCAUCUCCCGCCCCCGCCCCCGUCGCCUUCACCCUUGACUUCUCCCUCGAUGAUCCCUGGCGGGCUGCUUCUUUCUCCUACCUCUUCUUCAUCGUCUCCGUUGUUCUCGUUACCCGCUCCCCCACCUUCGCCGAUGACGCUCCUCAUCUCCUCGCCCUUGUCGUCAGGCUCAUCGCUAUUUGCACCGCCGUCUCCCUCAUCCCCAUCGACGCCACGCUCAACACCCACCUCGAUGUUGUUAUCAAAAGCCUCGGCGCUGCUGCAGCCAGGGUCCGCAACCUCAUCACGACCCGCCACACCAUCUCCUGCCCAAACGACAACGCCAACAUCUGUGAAUCCAACCACACUGAUGUCGUCCUUGUCGACAGAGACUUGUAGUGUCGGUGGCGGUGGGGCUGGGGGUCUAGGCGGGGGAUGCAGGAGGUCGGUGUCGCCUGUGGCCAGGAGGUCCCGACUGCGGACGCGCAGCCUGGCGGUGGAGGGGUCCAGCGAGGAGGAGUACACGGAGAACACCCCCCUCAUCCAGACUCUUGCUGUGCACUCCUCUAGCUCCAGCAACUGCAAACAAUGAUGGACAGGAGGAUUGACCCGCCUUCGUUGGUUGUCUUCACGCGCUGACCUUCCUAACGACAAAGGUCCAAGCUCUCGCUGAGAAGUCUUGGUUCGCCAGUGUAGAUACGACUGUGCGUGCAUGCGUUCGUAUGUGGGCGUGAAUGUGUGCAAGUAUUCUUAUCUUAUGAAAGUGUGUCAGUGUGUCUGGAUUAGGCGUGGUCUGUGUUAUUAUGCAUGCGAACUGUUGAAUGUGUUCCGAUGUAUGUCUGCAAACCAUGAUUGAUGUAUUCAUGAAUGUAUUUGUGUACAAACAAUGUCCUGCAUGCAUCUGUGUACAGUGAUGUUGGCGUGUCAGUAACCGUGGACUUGCUAGUCCAAGCUGGAGACAACUCGGCAUCGUUUCAGAAACAUGCGAUGCACAUGCAGUCGAGGGACUUGCUGUCGUUCGUGGUUUUGAUGUGUUUUGUUGAAGACCCUGUCUCGUGAAUAAUUUGGAUGUAUUCUGUUGAAGACAUUGUCUCGUUGAUCAUUUUGAUGGAUUCUGUUAAUGAAGCCAGGGAAGUUUA